CGGAAAUGCAGAGAAUCAUGUAACGAUCGCAGAACAGUAAGUAUUACCUAACUAACGUCUAACUCUCAAAGUAGCGAAGUUCUAAGACAAAGUUUAACCUCGUUCACUGGCAAUGUCCAAUAAAUUAAAUGAAUGAUCGAUCAUGGCACAGUUGUCGGCACACUCGGCGCCGCCAGCGUGUUCUGCGCUGUCGUAAAUCAAUCCGCGCCACUAACACGAACAUUGCGAAAGAAUCAAUAAUAACCGUAAAACCCAAUGCACCCAUAAAAUACUUAACAAUUCAAAUCAAGUUAUCACCGUGUCUCCAGUAUUUAUCUGAGAGUUCACGUCACAACAAAUCUGACUCGUGAAUGCGUAUGCCAAACAAUCAUAUCUUAUCAAAUCAAAUGAUUGUGCAAACGAGAACAGUUUAUCAUCGCGCGCGUCGGUCCGGGCCGGGCUACUGCGAGGUCUACGGUCACGGGAGCCCUACCACUUACCACGUUGUUGCAGGCCGCAUUCAACACUCCGACGCCGCACCGAGUGAACGUCGGGAAGGCAGCGACUCACGUAACUAUCGUUAGUGAAUAGAGUGCGCGUAGUCGAUCGCGACGUGCAAUGCCCAGGGCCCAGUGCGCCCCGCUACCCCUAACAGGGCUAUGGAUACCCUCAUCGACAAGUUCAAGAGGGAGCAAAGCGGUCUACGACGCUCCAGAUCCGUCCGCGCUUCCCUACGAUUGAUCGGCAACCGCUGGCGGUCCAAGGACGAGGAUACCACAGAUGAUAUCGAUAAGAUCAAAAACAACGGAAUCUUAUUCACAAAGCCGACGAUCUGGACGGAGAAGGAGUACGACGUCGCAUACACGGGUAUUGAAGGAACGUACAAACCAAAGACACCAGCCAUGGCGAAGCGGAAACCGGAACCGCCCAAACAGAGGAAGAAGAGUGGAGACAUCGACUUAAGUUUGAAGCCACAGCGGCCGAGGAAAGUGGAAAAAAAGUUUAGUGACUUGUUUUCAAAUAAAAAACAAAAGAGUGUAUCAGCUAAGGAACUAAUAGUGCCAGAGAAAAUACCACCGAAAGCAGCUGCCAUCUUACACAUACAUUCGCCGGAGAGUGACAAAACCAAGAAGAAAUUGAAAGGGAUGGGAAAAUCGGAGUCUGCAAAAUCGAUGACUGAGUUGAUGACUCAUAAGCGCGUGCGUCGGGGUUCGGAGAGUGAUAUGUGCCCGAACCAAUCACGCGGUUGUGUCAACCCUGCGUUUGUGUACAGUACACCACCAAAGGACAGGAAAAUGCCACUGUCUCCCACGGCGUUUCUGAAGCUGCAGUACGGCGCGCUUCUCGAAGGGUGCGGGGGGGAGUUGCCGUCGUUAAGCGCAUGCGCCCCCCACCCCCCGCACCUCGAUAAGGCAACACGUCGCCAACAGAAGGAUGCGCGCGCGCAACAAGACAAAAUUGCACAAGUUAACAUACAUUUACACGCACUGUUUGCAGCUGUUGAACAUGGCUACCUCGACAAGGCGCGCAACAUUCUGGAGUCUACCGAUGUCGACGUCAACAGCCUCAACGCAGACGGCUUGUCACCGUUGGACGUGGCGGUGCUUGCAACUAACAGACAGCUUGCGAAAAUGCUUAUGGAAUUCGGAGCCAAGGAAGGAACCCAAUUCAAGAACUCAGACUCAUUGGGAACACAUCUACGGCGGUUGGCGCGCGAGGCGGAGUCUAAACUACACGAGGUGACAGGCUGUGCACCGGAGAGGACUUGCAGAGAAGAUGCCUGUACCAGAUCAUCAGCUGCUAAUCAAGCUGGUACGACGGGAUGUGCUGGUGGUGCUGGCUCUGAGAAAGACAAGCAAGCACAACACUGGGAGAGGAGAGUUAGGACGCUCAAGCGUCUAGUAGCAGGCUGGCAACAAACCCGCGUACCACCAGCUCCACCAGCACCAGAGCUCGAAGUAUGCGGAGCUCAUGCAGUCACCGUGCGACUGAAGGACACCCGAGCCAUGCAGCCCAUUGCCAAGGACCAGCCCAUCAUUACCAAGUAUAAAGUCGAAUGGUCAUCUCGAGCGGACUUCUCAAACGUAUGUGGUUGCCGUGAGGUGGCCGCGUCAGGCACUAACAGUGGUACUAAAGUUCUGGCUGCCGGCCUGACUCGCGGCAGACGGUACUUCUUCAGAGCUGCUGCAGGGAAUAUCAAGGGGUGGGGCGCCUACACCGUAUCUGUUCCUAGGAGUGUGGUGCCUAGUAGUUGGCGUGACGUAUGCGCACGUGGUUGUCGUGGAUCAGGCGGUGCUGCCGCUGCUCUGGAAGCUCUGACGGCGGCGGCUGCCAGCGCGCGCGCAAGACCUUUAGCACCGCACGCACGCCUGCCGCGAAAGAAGACAGCUACCAUACGACAACUCUUCACUGCAGCUAGCAAGUUCCAGAAGAACCUCAGAAGGGGGGUCUACCUUGCUUGCAUCUUAUACCAUGAGGAUAAAGUAUUAGUCACCAGCGAAGAGUUCCUCCCGGUCAUCGAAGUGGAUGAGACCUACCCUACCUGUAUUUACACCGACUUCCAUUGGCUCAUGAAGGUAUCAUGUUCUUGGGAUGAUGUGAAGGCGCUGCGGUCGGACAUGGAGAAGCACACAUCUUCCUCCAUACACUUCAGACUGAAACUCCUCACUGCAGCCGCUCAGAUGCAGUCAGCAUUGUGCAUACAGGACUUAGGUCAGCUGUACCACAAGCCUCUCCGCGAUUCUCACGGCACAAUCGUCCUGUCGUGUGUGAACAGCGUGAAGUCAGUGAAGUCAGUGUCCGCGCUCAACUCGCGCUGGGCGGCCGUCUCCAGGCUGCGGCGGAGAGUGCUCAGUGAGGACAAUACAAUUGGGGAACUGCUCAUGGCUUCUGUUCAUGAACAGAUCGCUUAUCAUCAGGUAUCUCGUGUACAACUGCCCCGUGGGUUGUACUUGGGCUACCUGAAGCUGCAGUCGUCGGUGGAGGUGGUGAGGAUCGUGGCCCCCGCGCGCACUCCCAACGUGCCGCCACACACGCGCGUGCGAGACAAUCCACAUGUGUCGGCUGAAGAAUGGGAAUAUCUGAAAAACCAAUCGGGCAAGUCGGAGGACCCACAAACGAUCAACAGUCUCGCCAUCACUGGCCAGGAGAAACCCUCAGAAUCUCAAGAAAUGUUCCUUGAUCUUAUCGCCUCAGGUGCACGAAGACUCUUCAAGGAGAUGGACAUUCCAAUAGAAAGUGUCAUAUCCCACCGAAUAUACGACCUUGAAGUAGUCGAACUAAACAACGACGUCAGUUUUAUCAUGAUAUGUCCGCCCGCGGAACAGGCCUGCUCAGUGCCAGGCCAGAAGGAAAUUCUCUUACAGAAAGGUGAUCUACUCAGCUUACCCAUACAAGCUUUUGAAAUGAUCCACCUACAAACGUACCACACAAACAUUCUGCACAAAUACUCAAAGCUCAGCUGUGUUCUAGAAUUGGAUGUAGCUUUAGCUGCUCAUUCACAUAGAGAAGCAUUUUCUUGCACAGAGCUCCAGACAGCCAAAGAGAGACUAACAAAACUAGAAGACUUGCAGAAUAAUCUGAAUACAGUAUGGAAGGCAGAACGAUGGCUCAUGGACCUUAUAGGCUUCGCGAGAGAUAAAGACAAGGCAGCGCCAAGUUCUGGCAUAUUGCUCAAAUACAUUUUAGACAAAACACCGUCACAGUCUGCGGAGAAUCCUGUAGAGGUCAAUGAGACAGAUAGCAAAUUUAAAGACUUUCUUCAGAUACCUUCGAGAGAUGGCAAAAUUACGAAAACUUCCCCUGGUCGAGGGUCAUGGCCAGGUCCUGCAGGUAACGGUAACCACGCCAACUUACAUCCAGAGUUCAGUAAAUCCGAACAACAGUUAAGUCUCUCUCCUCGGCAGACAUCUGUGUCUACUAUGAAUUUAUGCAGCUCACAAUUCCUAAACCCGGACUCGGAUAAGUUUCCAAGAAAAGGCAGUGCCGACUCCCAGUAUACACAGUCCAGUGCUAUGAGCAACAAUUUCAUGAGUAGUAAUUCACAAUUCGAUAUAAAGUCUUCAGCUGGUUCUCACAACAGCAUUGGUAGCAAUCGGUUACCGCCAUCUCGAAGUGAAGAUACCCUGGUACUCCAAAACGAAAACGUAGAACCGAAGCCCAGACCGCACAGCAUCAACGCUAGUUCUACCACAUCGAGUCCUCUGCUAACAGUGAAGGGAUAUUAUCCAGGAAGUAUGAUAAGUGUUCGCACGUCGAAAGGUAAUGUUUCUGAGUCCGCCCAAAGUCUGUCAAGUGAUUCCGAAAGUCAAACCUGUCCUCUGACGACAGUUCCUUUGAAAGUCCGUCCUCAAGGAAAACAUUAUAGGGCCCCUUGUAAUGUCAUAGCAUCAAAAAGUAUGACGAAUGUAAAAGGAGACGUAGACUUCACAGACACAGGGCAGGAGUACGCCAAGUCAAACUUGUGCGUCAAACGUCAGCCAUUGUUGGAGACGCAGGAGGACGCUGAGUAUAACAAUAAAGUUCCAAAGACUGAUGAGAGAAGAGACAGCGAAGAUGCGAAGACGCAAGAGCAACGGGCUCAAGACCAAGCUGGCAUACUACAGGUAUUCGCUGCAUACGAAACCGGUCUAGCGGCGGGCACCUCACUCAAGCUGCACGUGACGCCGCGCACAUCGGCGCGAGAAGUCAUCGACCUAGUUGUCAAACAACUCAACAUGGCCGCCGUGCUAAAAGGCAAAGCAGGUCCCGUUUAUGGCCCGGAGAAACUACAAGACUUCUGUCUUGUAGCCGUUAUCGGCGCUCGUGAAAGAUGCCUCCGAGACGACUUUAGACCUCUGCAACUUCAAAAUCCGUGGAGAAAAGGAAGAUUGUACGUCAGGCUCAAACACGAUGUGUUGGCAGCGCUGCAACAUUCAGCCAAGCAGCCUGCCUACAUUUGAACAGAUUUUAUAUACUAGGCAAAUAAUAGAAAUAUUUUUUCGUGGCAUAGAAUAUAGUGUUGAAACUUAGUCACCGUAGGAAGGUAGUUAGCGCUUGUAAAUAAACAUAAAUUUGAAUUUUAGCCGUUCGAAUAUUUUACCGCCUAGACAUACCACACAAUUAUGAUGAAACUAACGAUGAUUAUACCUACCUAGAUGCUUCUGAUCGGCCAUCGUUUUGUCAAUUAUACGGUUAUAUAUUUUCGAUAAGUAAGACAAUUACUAAAUCAUUAUACUUUCUACAGUGACUAACAUUUUUUUACAUUAUUCAUUUCGUUUUGGUGCCAAUUCUGAUUAUGUUAAUGCUUUAAAUAGUUAAAUGGAAGUUGUGAGUAAUGAUAGUGAAUAUUACAGAAUUUAUGGUGCUUUUCACUGUAAAAUAUUGUCGCUUUCCUUGGAUUAUUUGUUAGACAGGUAUAUAGUUUAUGCUUAAAGAAAUAGCUAUUCCUGUUUAGAUGAAUUUCUCUUCUCGUCGUGCUGUUUACGUAGUUCUAUCAAUGAAUUUAAUCUAUCUUAGAUUAUAAACUCGAUUACCUAUCUUAAAUGUAAUUCAGAUAACGUAACAAAAAAAAAUGGUACAUUUAUCUUCUACAUCAUAGUGAAAAUGAAACUUUAAAGUUGUUUCAAAUUAAAAAAGAACCGAACGCAGUCAUAUUUUUUCUUUGGUUGGUACAUACACAAUACUUUUUCUUCUGAAGUGCCUCAAUAUUUUCGAAAGGUAACACUGAAAAAUCAUAUCGCUGAGGUAAACAGGGUUACAUUUAUUACCUACCUAAUCCAUGAUACCUACUAUGAACAGUUCUAUCAGCACUAUGUGAUUUAAAAGCAAUAAGAUAACACAAAGAUUAUGAGAUUAUCCAAAAUAUUAACCUGAUAAAUUGAGUAUUAUUUGUUGCAUCAUCGUGGUUGAAAUUCAGCCAUUUUAUCAUCAAUAUUUUACCACCGUUGAUAAAUAAUCUACUUUGAUAGGGAACUAUGAUAAGGACUACUUAUCCCCGGCAAUUUUAUGAAUAAAAAGUUUCUAAACGAAUAAAGGAGUAGCGUAAGUGUAAAUAAUUUGAAUGUAAUGUAAUCUAUCUUAAUAAUAAUCAAUCAUGUAGAUAUAUUUUGAUAAUUUUAAAUGUGUGAAUGUCAAAAAGUUAUUUUGUAAAUAACUUGAGUUUUCCAAUUUUUGUUUUGUUACAAGAAAUUAAGUAUGUCUAGGUUUGCACUUUAAAUAUGUUUUAACAUAAAUUGUAAACAGCCACAAAAUUGUCUUUCCCUACACUGUGUAGGAUUGUGUUACUUUUAAUGAAUUUCAUAGAUGUUAGAUCUCCUAACAAAUUAUUUUGUUAUUUAAAUACUUAAUUUAAAUGAGUAUUAUUCUUUAGGCAUGUUUGCGAAAGGACUGAAUGAUACAUUAAUUUAAAAUAUAUUAUAAUACUCAAGAGUUCUGUAAUUUACAAUGAUUUUAUGAUAUUUAAUGUAAUAAUUGUAAAUUCUCUAGUUUAUUGCUAUGUACAAAAGAGAGUGUAAAUUAGAACAGAAUAAAAUUUAUGAAAUGAAAUUAUCAACGAUUCGAGCCAUAAAAUAAAUAAAGAUAUAUUGCAAUUUGAAUAAAGCCUAACUGAAUGUCUUAUGAUAUGUAUAAUAAUUUAAAGUUUUAUUUUAGAUUAUCAUUGUAUGUAUUCACCCUAUCUGGUGUUGUACAUUAGAAGUUAGCGAGAGUGAGGAUAUGAAAUCAUGCACAAAAAUAAAUGUAUUUCAAAUCUU